UCUGCCAGCGUCUCGUUAUUAAAAAUGGGAAUUUCACAUUGCCACCGCGGCGCAUUUCUCUUUGACUGAACCGUGAGUGGGCUGUUUCCACUUCAGUCUCCUUGGUUCGUUUUUUUUUUUUUUUUUUUUGGAUGUGCGACAAGCCACCGGAAAGAUUGUAUCUGGGAAGAGACAGCUCACUCACUACUCCGCCACCUCCAGCGAGGGAAGCCCUCCACGCGUUGUGCGCCCGGAUCACCGGGGGUUUAUAUUUAUAUUUAUACACACGUUGUGGCACCCGGUGGCGCGUGAGCGUGCGCGCGGCGCAGUUACACGUGUGUUUAAAAAAGCACUCGGACUCCGUCCUCAACAGUUGCCACCAGAAAGUGGGAGAGAGAGGGAGACGGCAGACUGAGGACCGGACGGACGCCGCUCUGCCCGGCUCUGCUCCUGACAUGCAGUCGCUCAUCUCACCGGUGACCAAGGCCAUCCUAGUCGCGCUCUUCAUCUUCGCCAUCCUUCUGAUCCUCUAUGUGAUCCUCUGGUACAUCUGUAGGGACGUGGACUGCGACCACGGAAUUUGAGGAUUCCGUUAAAGCAGAGGAAUAACGGGAAAACCACAAUGGGGUGCAAAGAAGAGCCCAAAGAGUCCUGUCUCAUCCCGUACACGAACACCAGAUCGUAGUCAACUCUGGAUCCAAGAAUUAAUCCAUCUUGCCAGCAAGUCUGCCAUUCACUCGCAUUUUCUCCCCUGCCUGCAUUUGGGAGAGUUGCAUAGAAGAGUACAAGGGGGAGCUGGGGACAUGGUUUUGUUAGUGGCUGCAUGACUUCACGGGGAUUCCAGCUGUGACUUUCUUUCUGGGCUGGGCCAAAGUGAUGCCCAGACAACAUGGCAAGGUUGCCAUAGUGACAGGAGGAGGCAGGGGAAUCGGCUAUGAGGUGGUCCGGCACUUGGCCAGACUGGGAGCACAUGUUAUUAUAGGUGGAAGGGAUGAGCAGGAGGGUCUUGCUGCCAUCAAAAGGAUUUGUGAAGAGUACAAGGAAGCCAAAGUGGAGUUUGAGAAAUUGGACCUUGCUUCAUUGCAGUCUAUCCAACAAUUUGCUGAAAGCUUCAAGAAGAGGAACCUGCCACUGAAUAUUUUGGUAAAUAAUGCCGGUGUGAUGCUGGUUCCUGAAGGCCGAACCAAGGACAUGUUUGAGCAGCACUUUGGUGUUAACUACCUUGGCCACUUUCUGUUGACCUGGCUCCUGCUGGAUACACUGAAGGAUUCUGGGAAGUCUGAUCACGUCUCCUGUGUGGUCAAUGUUUCGUCAUCAGCUCACUCCAUCGGAACAAUCAGACUGAAUGACCUAAAUAGUUGCCAACAUUAUUCAGCUCAUGCUGCUUACUGUCAAAGUAAACUGGGCCAGGUGCUGUUCAGUUCCCACCUUCACCAGCAGAUGCAGAGAGAAGGUUUUCCAGUGGUUUCAUGUGCCGUGGAUCCAGGCAUGGUGGAUACUGCUUUAUAUCAACAUCUCUGCACACCUUUACGUAUGGCACAAAGUUUAAUUGCUCGGCUACUUUUCAGGACUCCUGAAGAGGGCGCUGCCACUGUAUUGUCAGCUGCUUUGUCACCAGCCAUGGAUGGGGAUCCUGCAGGAGGCUACUGGGCAAACGGGCGAAGGGAGAUGACAACCCUGCCUACAUUUGACCCCCAGCUACCACUGAGUUUAUGGGAAAUCAGCCUCCAGUUGCUGGGAUUACAAUAGCAUGGAACGCUAAGAUGACCAACAGGACUAAACCUAUUUGAAAGCAUCACAUAAAGACCUUAAACUUGGGCCUGCAUUCUUUCUACCCUUUUUACAUUUAUUUCCAAAUCUCAAAUGAAGGUGGUGUUUGUACGGAUAGGACGGUGACUGGUUGUGUAGGAUUUGGAAAGCUGUUGUUCCAGACCUGCUUAUGAAGGGCUAAAGUGAAUAGAAGAUGUCUUGAUGUUAUGUUUUUAUUUAUAGUUCUACUAAACAAGGAAUAUAUGCUGAUGUACACAGAGAUUUGAAGCAGCUGCCCUGUACUUUCAAAACCAGACAUAAAUUUGUGUCAUCCAGCAGAAUUACUAACCAGUUGUCUAAUCAGUGAGUUUGUCCCUCGGUGUCAAUAAAUGACAAGUCAUUAAAUCUUUGCGAUGCAGGGCAAUAUUUAAGUCUAAGAUCUGUAUUUUUGGAUUUGGUAUUGAUGAAAUUGUGCACAUCAGUAAAUUAAUGCGUGAAGUCUAGGAUGUACAGAUAAAUACCAAGAAUUUUAUUUGAACCAGUCUGUCUUACCGCAGGAAGAAGUGUUGUACUCAAUUCAGAUAAUAAUACUUAAAUGCCUCCUGUUUUCACUCAAUGCACUUUAUUUUAUAUCUCAUUCUUGAGCUUUGGUCUAGACGAUAAGUCAUGUAGAUUCCUUAAGUCAGUUUACUUUCAGGACAUUACUUACCACUUACAAAUGGACCUAGAAGGAGAUAUGGUAGAUGUCUUAGAGGAACAGAUCUGAAUUGGGACCAUUUUCCCUCAGUCUGAAUGAUUAAACAUUUAAAAGAAAAUUUAUUGCAAACCCAGGAUUUCCAGAUGUAUCUUUAUUUUCCGUCUGUUCAGACACAAAAAGAAAAGAAUGAUGGAACCAUCCUCUUUUUUUGUAUUUGUCAUCAGUUUUCGUUGUGAUCUGUGUUAUUUGCUCUUGCAUUGGGAAACUGUGCACAUGUUGUGCACAGAAGUCUAGGAUUAGCUCAUACGGACCCAAUAAAUGCUGAAAGGCAACUAAACAGUAAUCAGUCCUGGAGGAAGGGGAAAAUGAGAAAGCACUUCUUUUUUGUUGUUUUUUUCUAGCACACAAACUGAUUAGUUACCCAUAGCUGCAGCUAAUGCUGCUUCCUCAUUUGGCGCCACUCCCGGUGCAUUGUGGGAUUGAAAAAUCCCUGUGGUGAGAAUCAAACUCUAUCUGGUGAGCUGACAGACGCUCGCUCGAAAACACUGAAAGCAGCACAUCCAGGCAAAAGCUUAUCCAGCAAACAAACACAGCUGUCUGUCAUGCGGGGUUGCACCCUCACACAAGUUGCGCCAUAAUGCCAUCUCCACUGUGAUUAAUGCAUUUUAGCAUCGGAGGUCAAACGUUUAUCUCAAAUUUACGUUUAGGCUAAAUUCUUUGCCAUUUAGCAUCCAGCCUUUAAUCUUAAUUUGCUCUGUAUAAAGCAAUAGUAUCACUUUGGUAGCUAAUUGAGCUACAAGCACAGACAUUCAGAAUAGACGGAGAGUGUGAGCAUGUAUAAAAAAAAGAGAAGAUGCCUUAAGUUCCCCAUAUAUCAGGAAUUUGGAAUCUCUCUGUCUACAUGUACGAAGAAGAGAUUUUUAGUAGUUACAUUUAAAGUUGUUCAGCCUUUUCUGAAGCAGGGGCUAGAUCCUUUUAGAGAUGCAGCUCACAAAGUCUCCUCCAGAAAACUGUGAGGUCAAACCGAAUUUCUUACUCCUCCCUAAUGGAAACAUGGAUAAUGUUGUGUUCUGUCCUUUUCCUGUUGAUUUAUUUGAAAAGCUAAGGGUAGGUGGGGGACUUCAUUUUACUGGCCUGUUGUUUUUGUAAAAAUCUAUUGACUUCUGACUUAAACCUGGAGUAGGUAGUAUCCUGCAACUCAAGGCUCUGUUUCUCAGCAAUUGUCAACUUUCUCCAAAUGGAGAUGUAAAAAAGGAGUGUUCUGUUUUAGAUUCAUGGUAAAUAAAAAUUAAUUUCUGAAUAUUGGAGCAUAGGACACAGAAGUCGGUAUAAUUUGACACGUCACUAUAGUAAUUGCUAAUAUGCACUGUUAUCCAGUUACUUUUUAAGAAAUUGUAGUUUCAAAACUGCUAUGGUUUAAGCUAUUUUCAACAAGAGGUCAGAGGAACAGAUUGAGUGACCGGAAUUUUUUCCUGCUUAAUGGAACAGAGAGGCACCCUGUUCCCUCAGCCUUCCCCCGAUCAAUUGCUGCACAUUGCCUGUCAGCUGGCUGGAAAGAAGACUACAUUUUCCCUCGCUUGCAUGAAUAUUUCUGGUAAUUAAAAAACAGCCAUUAUUUGUUUUUCACUUCCUCUGUGCAGACUGACUCUAUGCAUAGCGUAUCAUGAGGUAAAGCAAUGUGGCUAUCGGAUCAUUGUUGCAUUUGUGCACAUUUUGUAGGUUUAAUAGAAAUGUGUAUUGUGAUAAAUGCAUAAUGCAAAAAGAGCUUUCUGUAGUUUACAUUUCACAUCUAAUGUGUGUGUGCUUUUACUUUCUUUUCUGAAUAACACAGAAAACCACUAUUUUUUUUAUGUCAAAACCCUCUGUGUGUUGCUUUAUUCGGGGAUCUUGGCUUUAAUGGCAGGAAACAUUUGUCUUGUCUUGACAUUUGUUUUAAAGUUUAGGAGAACUGGUUGAACAUUUAUUGCGAAACAUUUGAGCAGACUUGCAGACCCUUGUUGGUUUAGCUAUAUUAGAGCCAGGUUUAAUUUUAAAUAUAACAAAAUGUUGAAUUAUGAUGGCUUUGCAAUUUCUCAAGGUCAGAGUGAGAUUUAUUAAUAUUAUUGUCACGUAAUACAAAUGCACCAGAGGUCCAGUAAAUGGGUUACUUCCACCUUGACCAGUCAUAACGGUUUUGUGCCAUCACUUGAAGACGUUAGUAAGUCUAAUAUGAAGCAAACAAAUCAUUAGAUGGAUGUUUCCUAGAUCAGUAUUUGUGUGAAACCUGACUCCUCAAUGCCAGCAAUAUUUCUCAGUGUUUGGCUGCGUUCUGUUUUCUGCCUUCUCAGUGUUGUCACAAUACUCUGAAACUGUUCGCCUCAAUGCUUCUUUGUUUGAUUGUGUGACUCCCUUAGGCUACUGGAGUAAAUAACAAUCAUUUUCCCACCGAAACAAAUGAGCUUGCUUCCUGUGACACAAAUGAAAAAAAAAACACCAGCUUACAACUCAGCUGCACUCUUCUAUAGAGUGGAUGGCUACAAAUGUGUGCUACAUCCUGUCAAAGAGCUAUCUAGUUUUUCUCAGUCCAGCUGCUGAGGUAGGUGUAUUUCAUUGGGGUUGGGGGGGUUGGCAAGAAAACUUCAGACUUCUACAUCUGAGCACAAGGUUAUCCAAAGAGUGAGCGUUCGACACAGGCAUGAAUAGGCAAGUGAACUCUCUGAACUUGACUUGCAAAUUUAGAAAAAGAGCUAAAACAGCUCCACUAAGUAUUUGUCAGUGAUAUCGUCUAUGUGAUUAACUUGUAUUUUAUUAUUUAAAAGCACUGGAGGAGACCAGUGGAGGUUUGUGUAGACUGAAAAUGCUUUAAUAGCCAUUCCUUUGACUGACCUGGGAUUACAUUUAUAUUAAAUGUUUUAGUCCCAUGUUUUGCAAAAUCCUAAAUGUCUACAUGUAUAUGAAGAGCUGGGUUUAAAAUAUUUGUAUAAAAGGGGAACCAGAUGAACUGAGUCAUUACUUUGGGACAAAAACCUGUUCACUUAAAGCAUAGAUACUUUGUACUACUUUAAAGAGCAGGUCUGCAUUUUUGAGAAUAAAACCAGAAUGUUCCCACCACAGAAUCAUGGUAAAAACUCAGUUCAUCUUGGCCCUUUGAGGUUUUAUGAAAUGUGUUUUACUUUCUCAUAGUUUUGCUGUUGUUGAUAUGCACAUCUUAUUGCUUUUGCUGUGCCUAAGAAGAAAAAAAGAACUCCUUCAUAUUUAACUGUGAAUUUUCUCAUGUAGAAUUGAACUCGUAGAAACUGUGAUACUGUCUUGUCGCGUGCAUUGCUGUACGUUUUUUUCUCAAAAGAGCGAUCAGAUGGAGAGUGUUUGGUUAUGCGUGCAUCGUGUAUGAGUGAGUGGUUGUUUGUUUAGGUAAGGAUUUUGAUGUCCAUGUUUCCCGUCAACGGUUGUAACAUUCCAGCAGCAGCCACCCCUAUUUUUUCUAUUAUCCAAAGCCUCUCAAUAAACAUAUCAUUGUGCCA